AUGGCUUCAGGAAGCUGCGCCUGCCGCUAUAUCCGCUACACUACUUCCAUCCCGCCGGGAAAAAUGAUCAACUGCCACUGCGUGGAAUGCCGAAAACAAUCCGGAGCUCCGUACCAGGCCUGGGUAUUCUUUCCAGCUGAUGCUAUUCAAUGGACUGUCAAACCUACUGAAUGGCGGUCGAGCGAUACCGCUGGGCGUAGUUUCUGUCCUCGUUGUGGCUCGACGAUGACGAUGUACCUUGAUAAGAACUUACCGGAAACUGGCGUUGCUGCCGGGACGAUGGAUGAUGAUGAUGAUGAUGAUGGGAAAACAGUUGUUCCACGGCCUGCUGCCCAUAUCUUUCUGGGGGAGAAGGCUUCGUGGUUUGAGGUACCUGAUGAUGGGGCUGAGAGGUUCCAGGGGUGGACUUCGUGA